AUGUCGGGAAAGAUGAUGCUGAAACUGGUGAUGGCCACCUCGGCCACUCGACAACUUCUCCGUCUCCGUCCCGCAGGAGGUGUCUCCAGAAGUUUCCCGGCAAAAACAAUGCAAAUUUUCAGUUCAGAAUGCGCCGUUCUGGCUGAUCCGAACGCAACCAUUUGCGUCAGAGGGAAAGCGUGGCAAGCGAAAGUUCGUGGAGGCGGCAGUGGUGAAGAACACGAAAAGCACGAAGCGGGUCGUCGAUGUGUGGAAGAAGAUGAGUCCGACGUAAGUGCGCUCCACUGCCAAUUCUGGCGGGACGUUCAAACGUGACUGGUUGCUCAUCCAUAAGACGCGUCAUCUUUUGUCAUUUUUGUAGAGAAAACUGAGAACCUUCAGCCCAAAACUUGUAUCGAUCAUUUCUUAAUCGAUUCUGUCAUCAGAAUCUGUCCGUUUUCGAUUCAAAAUGUCUCGUGACGUGCAACUUCUCGCAAUUGCAUUUUCUGGUAAACAAAAAUCGACGGUUUCUUAUCGUAAACAGAGGAAAUAUUGCUACAAUAUAAACUUUCUAACAUUUCACGUCAUUUCCCCUCUUCCUCCUCCCUUUUCACGCAGAUUGAUUGUGCGAUUCGGUCGAUCGGAUGACUAUCAUCUGUCAUAAUGUGGGUCAUUCCGCGUCUUUUUCCAUUUCUCUCUCUCUCUCUCUCUCUCUCUCUCUCUCUCUCUCUCUUUUCGCAGUCUUUGCCCUUUUGUUGCGACACAAAUUUCGCUCAAAUUAAGCCAAUUUGCCCUUUUUUCUCGCAAAAACUUGUUUUUCAGAGAACUCGCCAACGCGCUCGACGUCGAUUUGAGUGAAAUCACCGAGCUUUUGGAGAAUUUGGAUCGUCGGAAUGUCGACGCGAUCAUUGCUGACUCGUCGCUCGACGACAACUCUAUUUUACAGGUGAUUCUCGUAAAAACUUGUCAUUGCGUACAAAUUCCGUUCAAAAAUGUGUCCAUGCUAGCGAAAUUUGUAUUUUUCCCAUAUUUUCGAGAAGAAAACGGCAAAAAAUCACGAUUUCAGACGAGCGCAGCAUUCUCGUGCAAACCUCGCUUCACAAACGGACCGCCGAAGCGAGUGGAACAAGAGGAUGCAGACCUCCGGCCACAAUCGGAACCCUCGCCGAAAGAUCUCGAACGUCGACCGCCCAUCGUCACCAUUAUGGGGCACGUGGACCACGGAAAGACGACGCUCCUCGAUGCGAUGCGUCACUCGCAGAUUGCGGCCGGAGAGUUCGGAGGCAUCACCCAGCACAUCGGAGCAUUCUCGGUCGAGCUCACGAAGGGAAGAAAAGUGACGUUUCUGGAUACGCCCGGCCAUGCGGCGUUUGCGUCGAUGAGAGCCCGCGGAGCCCGUGGAGCCGAUAUUGUCGUGUUGGUUGUGGCGGCGGACGACGGAGUGAAGGAGCAGACGGCCCAGUCGAUCAAAUUCGCAAAAGACGCGGGGGUGCAGUUGGUGGUGGCGGUGAACAAGAUCGACAAGCCGAACGCGGAUUCGAUGAGGGCGAUGCGGUCACUUCUGGAGCAUGACGUGGUCGUCGAGCAGCUCGGAGGCGAUGUACAAUGCGUGGAAGUGUCCGCACUUCAGUCCAGGAACCUUCCCGCUCUUCAGGAUGCACUUCUUCUUCAGGCAGACGUUAUGGAGCUGAAGGCGACGAGAAAAGGCAAGGUGGAAGCGGUGAUCAUCGAGUCGUCGGUUGUGCACGGCAUCGGGAAAGUAUGCACUUUGGUUGUCUCGAGAGGAACGCUCAAAAAGGGCUCCGUCCUGGUCGCCGGCAACUCGUGGUGUCGUGUAAAAACCAUGCACGACGAGAACGGAAACAUCCUUGCCUCGGCGCUUCCGUCGGAACCUGUCCGAGUUUCGGGAUGGAAGGACGAUCUUCCCGCUCCCGGGGACCUUGUUCUUGAGGCGGACACUGUAGAUCGAGCACAAAAAGCGGUCAAUUUACGCGCGGAAAAGGAGAUGAAAGAGAAGGCGGAACGGGAUUGGGAGGAGACGAAAGAGCAAAGGGACCGGGCUCGCGAGACCUAUCUGACCAACCGACAGGUCCUUUUGGAUCGCGGACAGCGAUUCGGAUCGACGCUUCGAAAUGUGGUGCACAAAAAGCAGCGGAUCGAGAAGGACGUCGAGGAUGGAUCGCCCAAGUUCAGGCUGAUUGUGAGUUUUUUUUGUUUAAAGAGAGUUUUGAAAUCAUGUUCUUCAAUUUUAGAUCCGAACAGACGUGGAAGGAACGCUGGAAGCGAUUCUGGAAAUCCUGAACACCUACUCGUCGGAGCAGUGCAAACUUCAACUCGUCGACUUCGAAGUGGGCCCGCCGACCGAGAAAGACAUUGAAUUGGCGAAAGAGACGGGCGCCACGAUCUACACGUUCAACGUGGAAACGUCGGCAAAGAUCAAGCAGAGAGCCGAAGCGGUGGGCAUUCAAAUCGACGCCUUUAACGUAAUCUAUCGAAUGAUCGAAGCGUUGAAAGGAGAGCUUUCCGCGCGGUUGCCGAAACAGACCGAGUUGCAUUUGGUCGGCGAGGGGCAUGUGCUCAAAGAGUUUAUGAUUUCGGACCGAGGACGCAAAAGACAGCCAAUCGCAGGCACUCUCGUUAAUUGGGGCAAUUUCGAUCGGUGCAAAAUUAGGCGGUUUUCUAUUAAAACACGCACAUUUUCAGUCAUUGCAUCUACAAAUUCACACGUGGCACCGAGGUGAUUUUCGAGGGCGAAGUGGAAACGAUGAAGGCCGGCAUGGAAGUGGUGAAUAACGCGAAAACGAACACGGAAGUCGGAUUGGCGCUCGUCGACAAAAAUAUUCGUUUCAAAGAGGACGAUCAGGUGGAGGCGUACGAGAAACGCACAAUCACGCAGCAUAUCGAUUGGUAUCCGCCCGGAUUCUGA